CUUUUCUUUCCGUCAACGAGACGGUACCCCCAAGCUGAUGACUCCCCCUAAGGGGAUGACGAUGUGGAAGAAGAAGUUCUUCUAUAUCAAGUGUGCUGCCCUUGCUGUGGAGAUGACGUUUCGGAAUGUGACCGAGACGAUCAUAGCAGAGACCAUUGCGAUGCCCAGUUUGAAAUCAGUGCAGUGGUUCCCGCAGCUGCAGACUAUUGAGUCUGUGAAGUUGACUAACACGCAACUAUGGCUGUUGCGUAUGAUGUUGAGGAGGGGCAAGAACUCGAAACCCGUGGUGCGGGAAAAGAGCGGUGAAGAUGCUCCCGCAUGGAGGAUGUUUGCUCCGGAUUUCGAGGGUACGGUUGAGACCGUAGUUUGUGCGGAUGGUGAACAGGAUCACAAUACUAUCAUCCGUAGUAACUUCCGGGUGCCUACUGCGGCUGCACUGGCAGUUGAGUUGCCAGUAGGCAAAGGUGAUCUUGGGGCCCUGGGGGACCCUGAAGCGAAAGGUGUGCCAAAGAGGCAAACUGUGAAGGGCGUGCGCUUUCGCCAAAAGAAGAUAAAGGAGGUCACUACUGUGCCUCAUCUGGUGCCGCAGGCAGCAGGUAUCUCUCAUUCCUCUUUUCGUCGACACAAGGAUUAUGUGAUAGUAUCUGAUACCCUUGAGGGUUUGGGUACAGCCGCGGAGUCACGUUCCGGUGCUGCGAAGAAGCAGGCGGAAGAUGCGGCUGCGGGAGGGACAGCUGCGGGUCCCCCUGUGAUUGGUGAGAAGAGGAGGCCAGAGCAAAAAGCUGCUGGUGGUGUUGAAACCAAACGUCGGAGACUAGUAACCAAAAGGUCUGCUCCGACGCAGAAAAAACCUGCGGUUGUCGUUGAGCGUCAAGAUGAAGAUUUUUCUAUCUUCGAUGCUCCGGAGUCCCCUCCGCGUGCCAUGGGUGCGGGUGGAACGGAGGUGCCGUCGACACCUCCCGUCAAGGUGGUACCUGAGUCAACCGUGCAGAAGGAGGGUACCGCAGAGAAUGCUGCGGCCCAGAUAUUUGAUACCGUCGACUCGUCCAACAACCUGAUCUCUCCCAAUGAGGGAGACGAUUUGAGUUUGCGGUUCACUGCUACUGGGAAGCAACAUUCUGAUGCUGAACCGCAAAAAACUGGCGCUGAAGCGCGGCAGCACGAUGCUGGGCCGCAGAAGUCUGCGGUUGAUAAAGGUACCAGCUCGUCUGCCGGUGGUGCGGGGGGGAUGAUAUUGCUAACGACCCUGCGGCCUGCAGGGAGAUCUUGGGCGGUCUGGGGACCCCCUUUGAAGUUGAUCGGGCUCGUGCCGCACCGCGGGAGCUGCGUAUAA